AUGGUAUAUCUCAGAUUAGAAGGUUUGAAAAUCUCAGAUGUAUUGAUUAGUAUGAUUCUAUGCUCAUGCCCAGAUAUACGCACUCUCAUUCUUGAUCGAAGUGUUAGUUUUUCUAAUAUACCUAUUAUAGAAAUUACGAGAUUUUGUCUGAAAUUAAUACACCUAAGUCUUAAUUCAUGUAUAUGCCUUACUAAUCGAUAUAUCAUUGAAAUUGUUUGCUCAUGUCUAAAACUUAGACAUCUUGAGCUUGGUAAUUGUUCGAUUGGUAAUAAAGCUGUUGAGGAAAUAGCCUGCAAAUGUACUAAUUUGAAAUAUCUUAGUUUGGAGAAAUGUGUAGGGAUUAGUGAAGAAGUGAUGAAAAAACUUAAUCCUAAAAUUAGCGUGAGCAAGCCUUCGGCUAAAAUCGAAUAUCCUGAUUAUUCAGAUGAUAUAUGGUCCAAUUCCACAGGUCGAAAUCCGUAUUUCGGGUAUAUAUCAGGGGCCAAUUGGGUAGUUAUCGGGAUGCUGAUAGGUAACUGA